AGAGUGGUGGGCGGUGAUCUCGUAAGUCGUAUGCACGGUAUGCCGUAUGGUAAACAACUUUUUAUACCUCAGCUCAGUUGUACUGUAAGUUGACGAACAACUAAAUUUUUGGCAAUCUUGCCAUUGUGGAGUUGCCGAUUGAUCUGAGUGACACCAGAUAAACAAUGGCGGCAGCAGCAUCAGAGAACAUCCAGAAGCAGGCAUCCUCACUCUUCUCUCAGUUGAAGUAUGAGCAUCUCGUGGCAGGCAUCAGUGGUGGCGUUCUUUCGACCAUGGUCCUUCAUCCGCUAGAUCUCAUUAAAGUCAGGUUUCAAGUGAGUGAUGGAAAUCAAGCACGACCCACGUACAAUGGACUGGUCCAUGCCUUCCGGAGCAUUGUCAAGCAGAGGGGCUACCAAGGCCUCUACCAGGGGGUCACACCUAACGUGUGGGGUGCAGGAGCAUCAUGGGGAUUCUACUUCUUUUUUUACAAUGCAAUAAAGACAUACAUGCAGGGAGAUACCUCGACACCGCUUGGCCCUGGACAUCACAUGUUGGCCGCUGCACAAUCGGGUGUAUUAACUCUCUUCAUAACCAAUCCCAUAUGGGUGGUGAAAACACGACUCUGUCUUCAGUACGAUGGCAUUGACAAGAAGACCGAUGCUGGAGGUUCGGGGAGGAAAUAUCGAGGGAUGUGGGAUGCCUUGAUCAAAAUCCAUAGAUACGAAGGACUUCGGGGACUCUAUAAGGGUCUUGUGCCAGGACUGUUUGGUGUAUCCCAUGGUGCAUUGCAGUUCAUGGCUUAUGAAGAGCUAAAGAAGUCGUACAAUAGCCACAUGGGUCUACCAUCAACGGGACAACUGGGUGCCUUAGAAUACAUCACCUUUGCAGCGCUAUCAAAGAUGUUUGCCGUAGUAACCACAUACCCUUACCAAGUAGUACGGUCCAGGUUACAAGAUCAACACGCGCAGUAUCAAGGAGUCAGGAAUACAAUUAGUGUAACGUACAGGGGUGAAGGAUGGAAGGGCUUUUAUAAGGGAUUGGUACCAAACCUUUUGAGAGUCACACCUGCCUGUUGUAUAACAUUCGUUGUCUAUGAGAAGAUAUCCCAUGCGUUACUGCCACCCAAAGGAUGAACUUACAGGGAUAGGUGUACAGAUGACAAGACAUGGACGAUGCAUUAACCUUCAGUACUUCUCACAACCAACAUCAGAGGGCGCCAAGCGUAGAUCAAAGAUAAUUUUUUUUCUUCAAAUUAGUAGUGCAAUUGUCUAUGCGAGUUUGAAAUUGUGCUCGUGCGAAUAUAUUUUCCACUUACAAGGAUUCUCAUUAUAAGAAAUGAGAGUUUGUGGUAAAGAUAUGAAAUGAUUGAUAAAUGCCAUCUUUUUAUUCUCAAUGGUAAUAAAAGAUUAUCAUAAUCAUCUAGUGAAGCU